AUGAAUUUUGGGAUUGCCUCGGCAGCCACUGAAUCACCGAAUGACUUAAAAUCAGGUCGUGGCUUACCUUCGACCGGUGACGCUCCCAACUCCUCCGUGUGUCGACACAGGCUCAAUCAAGUGGUGGGCCACGCCGCCAAAUGCAACAUUUCGAGAGAUUUUCGUGGAUGCCGGUUCGAUUCUGGAUUUAUCUCUUAUUUGGAAUUCCAAUACUGUCAGUUUUCGUCGCCUGUUGCUCCAACGAUUCUGAUGGGAGUCACUUUGCUAGCCUUUGGGAAUGGAGCCCCAGACGUCUUCAGCGCUGUGACCGCGAUUACCACUGGCGACCCAGAAGCACCGGACGAGGGCCUUGGUCUCGGUUUCCUAAUGGGUGAGUCGUCGAUACGGGAGCAUCCGUUGUCCCCUCCUUACACAUUCAAUUAA